AACAACAACACAGCACAUCAGCCUACCAUUAUCACAGCUUUGCUCACAAAAGAAACAACCAAACAAUAAAUAUCACCAUGACGAACAACGACAACAACAAUAGCAUAAUACUCAUUGACGCAACGUCUGAUUCGCUGACCGUCUCGUGGCCCCCAUCGCUCGACGCCACCAGCUCCACCAAGUACGUGCUGCAAUAUCGCAAGGACACGGAAGAUUCCUCGUUUGAAACUCUGUCGGACAAGCUCAGUGGCACUCAAGCACGGAAAAAGAAUUUGCACGAUCAUCGGAAAUUUGGAUUUUUCUUUCGUGUCACCACCAAACAAGAUUACGAUGACAACAGUGACAAUGCUUGUAAUUGGAUCAGCCACGAGGAACCCUUUGCAUUGCUGACACCGGCGGAGGAAUCCAAUCGCAUGAGUGCCCCGACGGUGGUUCCGGCUGGAUCCCAUUUGGCGCUCCACGUGUCUUGGAAAGCCAGUGAGGAAAAGGCGACGGCAGGAUACGAAUUGCAAAUGAGAGAAAAUCAAGGCGGAGCCGUAUGGACUACCAUUGCACCCUCGUUGAGUUCGACGCAAGUCAAAAAAAAGAAUUUGACCUGCCGUGAAGGCUACCAAUUUCGUGUACGACCCAAUACCAAUGUCAAGGAAAUCAACGAAACCAUUCCCUUUUCGGCACCUUCCGAAGCCAUUGUGGCAGUGGGGUUGUCGGAAGGAAUGAAGAAACUCUUUUCAUCUACACUCGAAGAGGGACAACUAUUGCGACAGCACAAUCAACCACCCGUCUCAUUGGAAGAUGCCCUAGGAGGAAAAGAAUUUAUACUCUUGUAUGCUUCAGCCCAUUGGUGUCCUCCUUGCAGACAAUUCACACCAAAACUCGCCAAUUGGUAUCGCUCUUUGGGGGCCGCCAACAGAUCCAUUGAAGUUGUAUUCUUGUCGGCCGAUCAUGAUGAAUCUGGAUUCAAUCAAUACUAUUCCACCAUGCCAUGGAUGGCCAUACCCUACGACGAUGACGGAAGGGAAGCAUUCAUGGGACACAUUCGUGUACAGGGAAUUCCAAGGUUGGCAGUGCUGGAUGGAAAGACGGGACGUAUCAUUGAAGACAAUGCCGUAGGAAAACCAUUCGAUAUCACGCGAUGGAGGAAAUUGGCAGCUGCAGCGCGGUAGUUAGUAUUACUCAAUUACUAGUAGUAGUGGCGGUUACAAUAUAAUAGAUACCAUCCCCAUGGAAACUCCAAGCAGGAAGAGUUCAAAUGAAUAAUAAGCAAAUCACCAUCAGAGCCCUACAAAAACAACAACAACAUCUGUAAAACGGAUAUGGUGUCAAUGGGCAAGCCCAACUGCGCAGCGGCCGAAGUCAUCAUCAGAGCCCAUUGCGAGGCACUAUAACGUACGAACUGGCUAUAAUGUAGUGGAGCCUCUAGCUAGAGGAAGCCCAUGUGAAUUUUGUUAGGCGCUGGAAGAGUUGCAACCGCACAGCGCAAUCUUUCUCCAGACAUGAAUAUUGUUUGUACAGUCGUACCUGGUCCUGUACGAUACUCCUGACGUAGCUACCGUACCGGUUCCCGUACCUCACUCUGCACUCAUAGGAGGAUCUAGGAGCUCUUUGAGGUGUCUAUGCCCGUUCAGCAACACCAUUCUGAUGGUGGGCACUAACACCGCUAAAGAUUGUGCUUACCAUGUACCGGUACCGGUAGGGCUUCCUUGGUCCUAGGAACCCCAUGGAUUGUCUCUACCGUGCAUGUAGUACCUAGCUACGGUGCUACGGUAUCUGUACCUUGAAGUACCACAUCUACCUAGCUCGCUAGACUUUGUUUUAGUAGAUCUCCUAGCUAGCCAGACUGCAAAUUUGAUCGCUCUCGGCCCUACAAAGUCGUUUCGACUCACUUUGGAGGGUUGUGGUGGGUAGUUUUUCAGUCCCGAUGACAACGAAAUUUCGGUCUUCGAACGAACUUUGCAGACCGAAAUACAGCCACUCAUGUGCCACUGGAAGUGGAAACAGACCGAACCAUGACGAGGAAUACCGACAGGA